AUGGUAAUCAAAAAGCGAACAUUGAUUGUUAAUUUCUUCAGUUUGGUAAUCUGGCACCCCGUACAUCUUGAAAGCUCACUCUUGAAUUUCCUCUUUCAAGACCACACCUACAGUUCAAAGGCUGUCCACGAAAAAACAAUCAACAACUAUGAAAGUAGCAAUAUCACUUCUCUGUGUCUCGCCGUUGUUGCUCUAUUGACUGGUGUAUCUGCUGAAAAAGAGGCUGCUCAGACAUUCGGCUAUAUCGGCGCUUCAACGGGCUAUGGCUAUUGCUAUGGCCAUGGAGUUAGAGUUGGAGUUAGAGUCGGUGCUGGGAUAUAUGGACAAGGAAACGGCUAUGGUGGAGAUGGGGCUGAAUUGCGCGGUCCGGGUUAUGGCUAUGGUAGAGCUUGGGCUGGAUUGCGUGGUCCGGAUCAUGGCUAUGGUGGAGCUGGAGUUGGCGCUGGAUUCUAA